CACGCACCCCGGCGACCCUGGGAGGGAGCUUGAGACUUACCAGUGUGAGUGAAAAAGAAAAACUUUUGAGGGGGGGGGCGUCCCAUUUCAGCUCUAAAGCGCCCCCUCCUUUAUGGACACUCAUAGGAACACUUUUAUUCUUAUGACAAAUGUUUAUCUGAUUCACUUGAGAGAUAAUUUGACGAAAAUAUCUAUUUAGUUCCUUAAAUUUGAAGUUUUAAAACAAUCAUAGAACAUUAGUCUUUAUUUUAUUUUAUUCCAAUAUGUCAUGAAAACAAAAGUCAUGACUCACUUCCUUUUAACAUCUCGUACAUAUUGAUGAAUGAUACUCUGCAUGAGUAAAGCUUGUACAUAGGUGCUAUUUUUCAUGUUAGUGAAAUCUAAAUAUCAACACUUCGAGAAAGAAUUUAUUAUAUUUUCACUAGAUACCUUGUACCUCUACUCUGUAUCUAUAUAAGAUGAUGUCAAAGUAAUACUUGUUACUGAUUCUUUCCUUUAUAAUCGUAUAAUUACGAUGUCAUUGAUGAAAAUGUUUAUAUUAACUAUAUUCAUUCUCAGUAUGUUAGUAUCCAAUACUCACGGUGCUCUCAAUGCAUUCUAUCCAUCGAAUACUACCGAAGAAAAUUGUUCAGGUAAUCGUGGUUAGACAGCGUGGUUCAAUGUUGGGAAACCAAAAAACAGUACUAGUGGAGAUAGUGAAGAUAUGGCUAUAAUAUAUGCACAAAAUCCCAAAGCAUUAUGUCAUAUUCCAUUGGCUAUUCAAGGUCAAUCAAUCAACUAUCGAACGGUUAGUUGGUCGAUCCAAUGGUCCUGGAAAUGGCCAGAUUCGACACUCUAUCUACUAUCAUUCUAUUCAUUUGCACCAGGCAGUGUUGAUUUUCAAGUUCGAUACUGUUGUCCAACUGGUUCAUUCAUGGGGUGGCAAAUAUCAAAUUCAUUUAUAUUUUAA